UCACAGCAACAGAUAUCAGAUGAGCCACCGACCUGGAAUUGUGGAUACGCUUUUGAGAACAGGGAAUCCCGCUUUAUUUACUGAAGCGUUUUUCUGCAGCUGAGCGAUUUUGGACGUAACUCACUAUCUUGCUCCACAGCAGAAGCCGGGGUGCAUCCCUUCCACACUCAACUCGUUUUCGCAACAUCCACGGCGCCAACAUGCUCAACAACAUGGAUUUAAGCUCCCAGGAUUCGUUUUAUUCUCAGUACGACAACUGUUGCGGCUCCUCCCCUGCGAUUGAAACAGUUGGACCCGAAACGAGCCAGGACACCAGCACCGAGGCGCAGAUGGGAUCACCUGUUCAGUUCAGCGAAGGUGCUGCCAUUGAACCCCCGACUGAGGCGUCGAAUUUCUUUUUUGACCCCAGCGAGGGAACAAGCCCCACUUUCCCCUCUUCUCUUUCCUACUCCGGCAGCUUUUAUGUGGAAACCACCCAGGGGGGCGCUUUCACCACCGAGACGUUGCUCAACAUGAUCACAGAAAUCGUGGGGAUUUCUACGUUGCCCAUUUCGGAGAUGCACCAGAGUCACCCGGAGAGCGCGAACCCGUCGCCUUCUCAGAUGGACGAUGCCCGAGGCUUCUCUGGCCCCGGGUUCCAGUCCACACCCCCAGCCUGCUCGACGGCCGCCACGUCUCCAGCGCUGUACUCGCAAACGCAGAUGUGCUCGGGCUACCCCAACCUGCAGACGGGCAUGCCAGCGCAGGAGUCUUCCCUGGCACAAGCUGACUUCGGCGCCGCGUCUCCAGAUUUAACCCAGAAGCCACCCGAGCCACACACGGAGGCAGCCGCCUUCCCCGUAACAGUGAAAAGCGAAUUCGAGAGCAGCUGCUACGAGUGGAACUCAUUCGGUAAAAAUCACGCCUAUAUCUCAACAAAUUACGGUUCGGAAAUGUUCCCCAUGGCGGGAGACGGCUCCUCUGAUCAACAAGUGGAUUCGAAAGAUUUCCUAGAUUCCUUUUCUCCCGUCUGCACUACCUCAGAACUAAUGAGCAAAUUGGACACCGCAAUCAAACAGGAACAGAGCUUCCUGGACGAGGGCCCACAGAAUUUCCAGAGCCACCUGUUCGGCAGCUACCAAGCGCAGAACAUGUGUGCUUCCAACAACGUGACCAGUGCGCUGAAACCCAAUUUAUUUCCUAACAUGGGGAUUCAGACUUUAACAAGCCAGUGUGAUCUAGCUUACACCUCAACUACACUCUCCAGUGCCAUCGAUUCACUCCUGUAUCCGUCCCUGGUGCCAGACGCCUACCUGAGGAGCGGCAUGCAGGUAGAAAAAUCACCCCGUGCCAGGAAAAGCCCAGCCAACCCGGGCGCACCGGCCAAGGAAAAGCCUUUCUCCUGCCCGAUGGAAAACUGCGAGAGGCGCUUUUCGAGGUCCGACGAGUUAAACCGCCACCUCCGCAUUCACACCGGCCACAAACCUUUCCAGUGCCGCAUCUGCCUGCGAAGCUUCAGCCGGAGCGACCACCUGACUACCCACACCCGGACCCACACGGGAGAGAAACCGUUUUCCUGUGAUGUGUGCGGCCGCAGGUUCGCCCGCAGCGACGAGCGGAAAAGGCACGGGCGUGUGCACUUGAAACAGAAGGAGAAGAUGGAGCUGAAGCCUCAGAUACUGACUGCUUGCUCGUUUUCUUUACCCGAAGGAAUCUGAACGCGCACAUGCUAGAUAUAAAUGGCCUAUUCGUGCAUGAUAUCAAAUCUUUCCGUCUUGGAAGAUUUAAAGUGCUUUGUAACACAGCUGAGUACUGUUUACAAAUGUCAGAGCAAUGUUUGCGGUGUACAAAAUCUGCCCACUUGAGUUGUCAGAUCAGAUUCUGGUGUAACUGUCAACGCCGACGGUAGAGAGAGAAGAAAGGAACCGAGUGAAAAGGGCUGGCAUUAUGGUUUGGAGCGACCGAGCUGGAAAGUGAAUAAUAUUAUUUGACUGCGAUCCGUGUGCUGCUCAUUCCAAGGUCUAAAGUUUGUGGUUCGAAGCAAGCGAAGAAAAUUGAUUGCUUACAAUACAUGAUUGACAGUAUUACUAAAACAUUUCGCGACGGUCCAGUGCUAAGACCUCAACACCCAUAAAGACAAAAUGAGUUGUUUUGCUGCUACACUCAGUGUCCUUAUACAAUUAUUCGUUGUAAGGAGAGAGAGAGAAAGAAAAAUAAAGAGCUAAGAACUUAAAUUCAUCAACAGCCAGACUUGGAGACUUCAGCACUCGGAAUCUGAACAGCUCCCACCUCAGUGCACAUCGGAUUGUACGAGAAGGGAAAUAAGCAUUGCACUUAUAAAUGACUUGCCGAUUGAGUGUCAUGUAUGAUUUGCUUUUUACGCUUUUAAUCUAAAAAAAAGUUAUGAAACUGUUUAAUAAAAUUUGCAUGUUUAUAUUUUAUAGGGAGCUAAAUAUUAUAUGUUUUGAAAAACCAAGGCAUUGUGUCCCUGCUGUGAAAACAUGUUUGAAACGCAGGGAAAGAACGAGAGACAUUAAAUUGUAUAUCUUGAAUGUAAAAUACCUCUUUGCCUCUAGUAAGAGGAGGUCAUCUUUGUGCCAAGGUUUUAGAGAAUCUGCUUUGCUGAAUCAGUAUAUUGUUGAAUGAUAAUUGUGCUGCAUUUAUAUACAUGCAUAUAUAAAUGAUUUGUGGAAUGCUACAGAAUCAGUGGCAAAUAAAUAUAUUUGUAACAAUCCUCUUAAAUUGUAUUUUUCUAAUUGAUUAUGUAUAUUUCCAGAAACAAUGUGUUUUUUGGGGAAUUUUUUUAAUAGCAAUGAUAUGUAUCUUUAAAUUUACUCUCCAUGUUCAGUAUGUGCUGUUGAAAAGAUACAGGGGUUUUGAGAGAAUGAGGAUGUUCACCAUCAAUGACAUUAUUGUCUUUAUUGGUAUAUAGUUCAUAGGUUCUAAAGACAAGUUUUGGAAUCAAUUCAGGUGGUUAAAAUAUUUUUGGAAACUAAACAGUAGUAACUUUCAAUGUGGAACAAAUAAAUAUAUGUAAAUGAACUAUAACAUUAUAAGAAAAUAAAACAGAAGCACAUAAAUAUACAGUAAUAAGUGGUACAGAAUCUGAACCAACAGUUGCACAAGAGUGAAAAGAUUCCUUAAAUGUUCUAAAGGUUCAAUUUAUGAUUGGAAAGUAGACUGUAGACAUUUGUUUGGAGGGUUCCAUGUUGAUAGAUCUUUACAGAGUCUGAAGCACAGAGCUAAACAUUGUACUUGAGUAAAUCAGUAGCACAUAUUGCUGCAACACAGUACUAUAAUGUAUGGCAGUUGUUAAUAUAUAAUAUUCUUGGUGUAGGACUGCUUGUUUCACUGUAUAUAUUUGUACAAAAGUGAUGCUUAUCUUUUUAAGAUGAAAAAAAAUGUAUUGACUCAAGGUUACAAUGCAGCUUCACCAAAAAUUAGAGUACUGUCAUUAGAGAAUGUAAAAAUGAAAUGUAACUUGGAUUGCCUUAAGUUAUAUUAACUGUUAAACCAUAUAUUUGUAUAUAAGUAUCAUUUUUUUUGUACA